AUCUCCCCAAGAAAGCAAGAACACCAAACCACGUGCAAUCCACUGCGGGUUUUUUUAUCACACACACUGAGCGAAGCUAAGACUUCUGUUGGGUUGAAACUGCGGGUUGGACCAAACUUUCGGCUGCCAUGUGGGGGCCGGAUUUGGUAGUUGAAUAACAAAGGAUUCCCACCUGGUAUCCCAUCGUCUGGACGAAGAUACGACAAGAAGAUAAAACUUGAACCAACUGAGCCUGGGGAGCCCGUUGUUCUGACCCAGUUGUAAGUAGGGGAGGCCUCUUCUUGCAGAGAACGAAAGUAAUGGCGAGAGGUUCCGGCAACAAUGAUGCCAGUGAGACAUCUUCUCAGAGAGUUCCAUUACUGAACCAGGAGGCAGGACCUAAGGGAAAUGAUGCACAACCAGAACAUGGUCAAACAGAUCUUGAACAUGGGGACAACAUUCAGCCUGCGAAUGUUGGUUUCUGCCGAGUGCUUCUACUGGCAAAGCCUGAUGCAGGGAAACUGGUCCUUGCCACCAUUGCACUUCUUAUUGCCUCAACAACGAACAUUCUUAUCCCAAAAUUUGGUGGAAAUAUAAUUGAUAUUGUGUCUAAAGAUGUCAGAACACCUGAGCAACAAGCAACAGCUUUAGCUGCUGUGCAGAAUACAAUAUUCAGUAUCAUGCUGAUAGUUGUUAUAGGUUCUGUCUGCACAGCAUUAAGGGCAUGGCUGUUUUCAUCUGCUAGUGAAAGGGUUGUGGCUCGCCUAAGAAAGAAUCUAUUCAGCCACCUUGUACAUCAAGAAAUAGCAUUCUAUGAUGUUACACGAACAGGAGAGCUCCUCAGUAGGCUAUCUGAAGACACCCAGAUCAUUAAAAAUGCAGCUACAACCAAUCUAUCAGAGGCACUGAGAAAUCUUGCUACUGCAUUUGUUGGCCUAGCAUUUAUGUUUGCAACAUCUUGGAGGUUAACGUUGCUGGCGCUUGCUGUUGUACCAGCUAUCUCAGUGGCUGUAAAGAAGUUUGGGCGCUACCUUCGAGAACUUUCCCACAAGACUCAAGCUGCAGCUGCUUUAGCUGCCUCAAUUGCAGAGGAAUCUUUUGGUGCCAUACGUACAGUGAGGUCCUUUGCACAAGAGGAGUACGAAAUUUCAAGAUACUCAGAAAAAGUAGAUGAAACGCUAAUGCUUGGGCUAAAGCAAGCAAGAGUUAUCGGAUUUUUCGCUGGAGGACUCAGUGCCGCGUCAACGUUAUCUGUAACUGUUGUUGUCAUAUAUGGAGCUAAUCUCACCAUUACAGGGUCCAUGACAGCUGGUGAUUUGACAUCAUUUAUUCUUUACAGCCUUACAGUUGGUUCCUCUGUGUCUUCUCUAUCUGGGUUGUACACAACUGCAAUGAAAGCUGCUGGCGCAAGUAGGAGAGUCUUCCAACUAAUUGAUCGUGUCUCAUCGAUGCCCAAAUCAGGAAACAAAUGUCCAUUGGGAGGUCAAGAUGGAGAUGUAGAAAUAGAUGAUGUAUGGUUUGCCUAUCCUUCUCGCCCCAACCAUAUGGUACUGAGGGGAAUAACACUUAAACUGAGUCCUGGUUCAAAGGUUGCUCUUGUAGGCCCAAGCGGUGGUGGAAAAACUACAAUUGCAAAUUUGAUCGAGAGGUUUUAUGACCCACUUAAGGGGAAAAUUUUGUUGAACGGAAUUGCAUUGGCAGAAAUAUCGCAUGAGCAUCUUCACAAGCAGGUCAGCAUAGUGAGCCAGGAGCCAGUACUGUUUAAUUGUUCUAUUGAAGAAAACAUAUCCUAUGGUCUUAAUGGAAAAGCAAGCAGUAGUGAAAUUGAACAUGUAGCUAACUUGGCUAAUGCACAUGAGUUUAUAUCAAAAUUUCCUGAAAAAUAUAAAACCUAUGUUGGAGAGCGCGGUGUCAGGUUGUCAGGAGGUCAGAAGCAGAGAAUCGCAAUAGCAAGGGCAUUAUUAAUGAACCCCAAGAUACUCUUACUUGAUGAGGCAACAAGUGCUCUUGAUGCUGAGAGCGAGUUUUUGGUACAGGAUGCUAUGGAUUCUUUAGUGAAGGGAAGAACUGUACUUGUGAUAGCACACAGGCUUUCAACUGUAAAAAGCGCAGAUACAGUUGCUGUGAUAUCCAAUGGUGAGGUGGUUGAAAGUGGCACGCAUGAUGAACUUCUUAUCAAAAAUGGCAUCUACACUGCACUAGUGAGGAGGCAAUUGCAGUCACCGAACACAGACUUCUCAUCAAGCAUUUGAAUGUCUAAAAGAUCUGAACAGCCACAAUUCUUCAGAAUUGCAGGAUUUAUAUAAUACUGAGGCUCAUAUACACUAUUGGACCUAAGAUUCUGCAUCAGCUGCAAUCACUCUUUGCAAGUGGAUCUGCUCUUGUCCAUUAUUUGCUGUAAUCAGAAAUAAGUGGUCCGAGUUCACAAGACCACACAUGUAAACAGAAAUCCAUAAGUACAGCUUUUAUGAGUUUCAUACAAAGGAAGGAAACCGAGCUUUUCGUUGUAAUGCAAGAUACAGAUCUGCCUCAGUAUAUGGUAAUCUGGAGGAGAAGCAGUCAAAUAUGAUUACUUG